AUGCUAGUAAUCCCCCACCACCUUAUCGAUCCGGAUGACCAACCCCCCACUCUCAGCUACCGCAUCGGCCGUCGUACCAUCUCCAAACCCGGCAAACACAGGCGGGCACUGAAAUCGCCGUCACCUUCUGGCACGAACUCCGUAGGGACUCCGACAAAUAGUACUCCCCAACACCGCGUGAAGCACGAGGCCGCCACCGCCUGCCGGGCCCAACGCCUCAAGUUCCUGCCCUGGACCGACACGUCCUGGACUAAUCUGCGCACAUGUAUCAUCCACCGCGGAGACAAUAACCGGACCCUCAUUGCCUCAACGGCCGCAGCCACCACCGACCCGGCUCAGACCCCUCCUGGGCCCUCGCAUUCCAUGUUGGCCUGUACCGCCUGCCAGCGCCUAGCGGACACUACUAUCUAUCUCGACUGUGGUCAAUGGCACCACAUGUCAUGCAUCCCACACUGCCGGGUCAUUCCGGACCACAGCACCCCGACGUAUGGCCUCCACACCCUUCACCUACGGGCUGCGCGAACUCAUUCUAUCGGCGACGGCAUCGUCACGCACCAAGAGAUGGCACUACCCUCGCUGGAUCCAUCCAAGUACAUGCUGCCCACCUCACAGCCAAGACGCUCCACUGGCACUCCAGACGACUCUCUCUACUACCACCCGCCGCUCAUUCUCCCACUGGCUACACCUACCAGCAUUCCGGCCACCGCGACUUCCUCCGGACCCCGGGAUACCAAACCUCCAGUGGCUUAA